AUGACUGCUCGUCCAUCCGUGAGCGUGUACUCUGCAGCUGAGGACAAGGUGGUGGGCACCUGCCCACUCCCCGCCGUGUUCACGGCCCCCAUUCGCAACGACAUCGUCCAGUUCGUGCACACGAACAUGGCGAAGAACUCACGCCAGGCGUACGCCGUAAACCGCCUCGCCGGUAUGAACCACUCUGCGGAGUCGUGGGGUACUGGCCGCGCUGUUGCCCGUAUUCCCCGUAUUGGCGGUGGUGGUACAAGCACCUCAGGUGCUGGUGCUUUCGGUAACAUGUGCCGUGGUGGCCGCAUGUUCGCGCCCACAAAGAUCUUCCGCCGCUGGCACCGCAAGAUCAACCUGCACCAGAAGCGCUUCGCUGUGGUGUCUGCGUUGGCUGCCUCGUCGCUGCCAUCGCUGGUGAUGUCCCGCGGUCACAAGAUCGAGAACGUGGCUGAGGUGCCACUGGUUGUGGAAGACUCCGUGCAGGGAUACGAGAAGACAAAGGAGGCAAUGGCUUUCCUCAAGGCAAUCGGAGCUAUUGAUGACGUGAACCGCGUGAACGACUCUCGCGAGAUCCGCGCUGGCCGCGGUAAGAUGCGCAACCGCCGCUACGUGGCCCGCCGUGGCCCCAUGCUGGUGAUGCCAGACAACAAGGGAACUCGUGCGUUCCGCAACAUCUUUGGUCUUGACCUUGCCAAUGUGAAUGCACUGAACCUGCUGCACCUUGCUCCUGGUGGCCACGUUGGUCGCUUCAUCAUCUGGACAAGGGGUGCGUUUGAGAAGCUCGACAGCAUCUUUGGCACCUUUACGGAGGCUUCUGCAGUGAAGAAGGGCUUUGUGCUGCCUGCACCAAUGCUGACGAACACUGAUGUGACUCGUAUCAUGCAGUCUGAGGAGGUGCGUCGCGUGCUGAAGCCAAAGAAGCUGCAGCCAAAGAAGCCGAGCCGCUACACACAACCAAAGAACGGUAUUCGCAACCGUCGCCUGCGUCUGCGUCUUAACCCCUUCCAGAAGAAGGAGACUGGAAUGGCCAAGGGUCUGCGUAACAAGCAGAACCGCGACGCCCGUCGCAAGGCGAAGGCUGUGCGUGUGGUGAAGGCCAAGAAGAGCGCUGCCAAGAAAGCCAAGAAGCAGUGA